AUGUCGAACGAGCAUCGUGCGGGCGCAGAGCGUCCACAGGACCCUGUCACCCACACUGAACCCAGCCAACGUCUAGAUCCAAGUCAAGAGCUUCCAGAUGCAGACUCAGCACCUGAAUCCAGUCGGUCUUCGAUGUCCUAUACAAGGACGUACUCGACUCCAGCGACCGGGGCACAAACCCCAGAUCCAUUAAUGGGAACCACCAUCGUCGACAGCGUCGCACUACAAAAUCUAUCAUUCAAAAAGAUGGACCAAGAACCCGAUGAGCCCUACACAAUCGACACCAAAGGACCCCAAGUAACAAACCGAAAGGCCUCAAUCUCGGGAUCCCGUAGUCGGGACGAUGUCGCCGACGAAGCGGCAUCCCCGAUCCGAAGCAAGCAAGGCAUCCCGCCCGAGAUCCCGAACUUCACAGCGGAGCUCAUCUUAAUAUUCGUUUGCUCAGCAGGCCUAAUGCUAUUCUCAUUCCUGCUCGGCGACAUGCUCGCUCCGCAAGAACAAAUCAAAAAAGCCCUCGGCAUCACCAAUACCGAACUCCCGUGGGUCGUCGGCGCCUUCAAUGUCGCGAACGGCCUGUCGGUUAUCAUCUCCGGCUCGCUAACUGACCUAGCACCACCAAAACUCUUAAUGGUCGGAGCGUUCGCUUGGCUCGCGGUAUGGAAUAUCAUUGGCGUGUUCACUCUGCAUCCGUCCCGCUAUAUCCUGUUCUUCGUGAUGCGUGCCAUGCAGGGCUUGGCAAUCGGCGUCUUGGUCUCUGGCAGUAUGAGCAUCCUCGGGCGCGUCUAUUCACCAGGUAUCCGCAAGAACCGCGUCUUCUCUGCGAUGGCAGCGUGCGCUCCAUUUGGGUUCUCCCUCGGCGCUAUCCAAGGCGGUGCUCUAUACCAGCACCUUCCAUGGAUCUUCGGAUCAAACGCCAUGAUCUGCGCGUUGCUCUGCGUUGCAGCCUGGUUCAGCAUCCCACCACUGCGACCCGUCGCUGAUGUCGCCGGCACCGAAGCACCAACCCUCCGUCAAUUCGACUAUUUAGGCGGUUUCUGCGCUGCUGGCGGCUGUGUGUGUCUCCUCUUCGGUCUAACCCAAGGACCCGUCGCCUCCUGGCAACCAUACACCUACGUUCUGAUCAUCAUCAGUCUCAUCUUAUUCAUCGGCCUAUUCUUCGCAGAACGCCGCGCAGUCCGCCCUCUCAUCCCCAACCGCCUCUGGAGUACCCCAGGCUUCACGCCGUUGAUGAUAGCCUACUUCCUGGGCUUCGGGUCAUUCUUCGGCUGCUGGCAAUUUUACGCCAUCCAAUUCUGGCUCCGAAUCCAACACGCCACGCCCAUCGCCGUGGCUCUCUACCACAUCCCCAACGCACUAGUCGGCGUGCUAGCAACAUGGAUCGUCAGUCGAAUCCUCCACCUCGUCCCGGGCCAUUAUAUCUACGCCGUAUCGAUGUUCGCCUUCACGCUCGGGCCGGCGUUCUUCAUUCCCCAGACUGCCAACACGAUCUACUGGGCUCUUUCUUUCCCUGGUGUUGCGCUCGUCACUUUCGGUCCUGAUCUUGCUUUUGCGGCUGCUUCUAUUUUCAUUACUAGUAACGUGGCUCGCUCGUACCAGGGUAGUGCGGGUGCGUUGCUGGUUACGAAUCAGAAUCUUUCGUCAGCGAUUAUGACUAGUGUUGCUGAUGCUAUCGGGACCCGUGUUAAUCGUGGUCCGUCUGGUGAGAUUGGGCUUGAGGGGUUGCAUGCUAUUUGGUGGUUUGCUCUUGCGGCGCAGUUGCUUGCUGCUUUGGUUACGAUUGUUUGGGUUCGGAUUCCUAAGGAGGAGGAGAAGGAGCAUGUUACUUGA